CUCAGCAAAAAAUAAAAAACCAGUGGUGAUUAAAAAGAAAGCUCUAUCUGUCUAAAAAAAUCAAAGAAUCUUGUAACCAGUUCAGGUGGCCAAUGUGGAUGGUGCCAGGGGCGGACUGACAACUCAUGGAGCCCCCGGGCAAUAGGGGAUGUGUCCCUGUGUCCUCUCCUACACUCAAACCACACCCAAAAAAGCCUAUGAAAAGGUACCAGGGGCAUCUCAUGGAGGCCCCUACUGACCCCGGGCCCUCGGGCAGUUCCCAACUGCUCAAAUGGUCAGUCCGCCCC